ACCCAAGGGGCAGACUAGCGCACUCCCGGAAAGUUUUAUAAGAACUUUGGCAGAGAAAAAUUCGAACAGGCUGGUUGCGACGAAAAAGUUUUCGGCAUACUAUCAGAUAUCCUUUUCUCAAAGUUUAAUGGGUCAGCAACUCCUUAAUCAGCUAAAAACAAUGCAAAGAUCUAAAGUGUAAACAAUAAAUGUUUUUGAUAUUAGAGAAAGGUAGUUAGUUGUGGUUUCAGCCGCAACUAGGAAGUUUUUCGCUGCAGAACUUUCCUUCUCAUUUACCCUAUCUUUGGAUUGUUUUUCAUUAGUGAAAAAGAUUUUUUUUUAAGAAAACUUUCUAGGAUUUUGUGCAUUUUUGGAUUUUCUAAUGCUGUUCAUGGUUUUCAUCAUUUUUAACAAUUAAAUUACAAAACUUCAAAAGCUUGUUGCAAGAGAUAUUUAAACGAACUUUAAUGGAUUGAUAAAAGCCUAUUAAAAAAAAACUCUGAUUUUUUGACAUUUGAAAAAAAAACUUUAGUACUGAACCAUGAUAAAUGUUGAAGUGUGGACUAAGAGAUUUUCUGACAUUUUUUUAAAUUUUGUGGUUGAAACUGAUUUGGAUUAUUCCAAGAAUUCCCGUGGAACAACUGAAUUCAAAAUAAACUAUAAGGAAAUAACACUCAUCUCUGUUAAAGAUUUAUGGAAUAAUUCUAUUGCAUGAAACAAUUUUAACAAGCACGCAUAUAUGAGAUAAAUUCAGUGAUAUUUUUCCUAUAUCUAUAUUAGUAAAAAAUUAAAAUCACACUUUAAAGACCUUCUGGUUAUACAUUGAAACGCCAUUUUUCAGAAAAGAAGUGCAUCUAGAACUUAAACAAUUAUAAGUCAUUUACUUUUCAAUCAAACCAACUCUUUAGAUUACAGAGUUGUAGUUUUGAAAAAUAUUAUAUAAUAUAUUUGAAUAAUUACUUUUAAAUUCACAAUAUGGAAAGAAAAGAUAGAAGAAAAAAGCACAAAAAGACUGGACAUAAUAAGCAGGAGAGGAAGAAGUCUCCACAGGGUCGUACGAAAUCUAAUCAUGGUCAAAGACGAGAUGAAACCAGAGUUCAAGAAGUAUACACGAUACACUCAUCUGAAUCAGAAAAAUCUUCUACUUCACCUGAGCGACUAAAGCCAGAGGAAUCUCUUGGACAGAUAAGAACUCCCGAUGGUGCGGACGCCAAUCCAACCAACAGACAGAAGCCAGUUGAAUUGGUUUUUAAAGAUGUGUGCGUAUCUCACGAAGGAAAGCAAAUCCUUAGAGAUGUCAGUGGAUUGGUUAGACCUGGCGAGAUUCUGGCUAUUAUGGGACCAAGUGGAUCUGGCAAGACCACUCUUCUGAAUGCCAUUGGUGGUCGUGUUCAUAUGGAUAGCGGUUUAGUAACUAUGAAUGGAGAAGAAAUAAACAAGCAGUUACGAAGAAAAAUUUGCUAUGUUCUACAACAAGAUGUCUUCUUUACAGACCUUACCCUCAAACAGACGCUUACAUAUUCUGCACUUUUGCGAUUACCUGAUACCAUGUCUUAUUCAGAAAAGAUGCGACAUGUGGAAUGCAUCAUAGACAUACUGGAUCUCAGAUCUUGUCAAGACACUAUUAUUGGUGAUAUGUUAAAAAGAGGAUUAUCAGGAGGAGAAAAGAAGAGAGCAAAUAUAGCCUGCGAGCUGUUACAAAACCCCUCACUUAUGCUUCUCGAUGAACCUACCUCAGGCCUUGAUUCUUGUACAGCACAUUCUUUGAUGGUUUCCCUGAAAAGGUUAACAGCUGAAAACAAAUCAUUGGUUGUAACUGUUCAUCAGCCGUCCAGUCAAAUCUUUUACAUGUUUGAUAAAUUACUGUUGCUCUGCAAUGGUCAGGUUGCUUACUUUGGAGAAGCUGGAAAAGUGGUUGACUUUUUUACCCGUUUGGGAAUGCAAAUUUCAGCUCACUACAACCCUGCAGAUUUUAUAAUGGAACAAGUGAAGAAAACUACAGAUGUUCAAGAAAAGAUUAUUCAUGCAGCUAUUGAACAAAAGAAAGACCCUGAAUACCCCAAAGAAUUGCAAGAAGAUUUCUAUUGCCCAUCAGUUGUCAUUGACUCAUCUCCCCCAUAUGAUGGAAAUGGAAAGUCAGUUGAAUGCAUUCAAUGCCAUAGGCAAAUGUGGCCCGGUAUGAACCACAGCAGAAAUGAAGAAAAUUGUGAGCCAUGUAACCAUUCUCUGUGGAAUAUGUCUGAAGAAUCAAUGGAUCACAACCAACCAGUUGAAUUGAGAGUUGUUAUUGAUUCAGAUAAAAAACUACAAACAGUUUACAGUAAAGUUGAAUCCAGAGAUGACGAUGAUUCCGGUAGGUCUUCUUGGUCGGAAGCAGCUAGUUCUACUUUUAGUAGCGAGGUAGACCUGAAUGAGGAGAGAAAAUGGCCGACAUGUUUUACCACGCAACUAAAAGUUCUCACAAAGCGCAACUUUGUUGAAGCUCGAUCCAGAAUGCUUUCCAAACUGAACUGGGUUCAAACCUUUGCAUUGGGAAUUCUCUGUGGUCUUUUAUGGUUCCAAGUACCAAGAGUUGAAUCAUCCAUUGUGGACAUUAGAGGAUGGAUGUUUUUUGGAACUACAUAUUGGAUGUUGUUUGCACUUUUUGGAGCUUUAGUUUCUUUUCCCCCUGAGAGAGAAGUUAUUAACAAAGAGAGAGCAUCUGGAGCUUAUAGAUUAUCUGCCUAUUACAUAGCAAAAAUGAUAGGUGAACUGCCAUUAGUUAUGACACUGCCAACAGUUUUUCAUGUGAUCUCAUACCUCUUGCUUGGAGCUCACAAUGCUCAAACAUUUUUCAGUCUCUGGGGCUUCCUCUUACUUAGCACAAUAGUAUCACAGAGUGUGGGACUUUUUAUUGGUGCUGCUUGUGUUGAUCUCCAAGUAUCCAUCACAGUUUCUGCUCUCUACUCUCUUUCAACCAUGCUAUUUGGAGGAUAUUAUGUAUCUUCUAUUCCAUAUUGGUUGAAAUGGUUACAGUAUUUCUCCAUGGUUCAUUAUGCCUACCAAAAUAUGCAGAUGAUUGAAUUUGGUGGAGGACCCCCCAUGAGGUGCGCUGAAGAAAAUUCCUUAUUCGAAAUUUGCCGUAACAGUAAUACGAACUCUACAGUGUACAUUCCAGCUGACCAUAUUGUCAACCAGCACGGCCCAUCACUGCCAAUGUGGGCGAACACACUCAUUCUCUUAGCGUUUCUGGUCAUAUUCCGACUGCUGGGUUAUGCAGUGCUGAGAUACGCCCGGAGACCUAAAUAGUGUAUUAACCACAUAUAUCAUCAACCACGUGACCACCGAAACAUUCUCAUUUUUUGAAAAAUAAUUCCUUUUAUUCUUAAAGGAAUAAAACAAAUUGCACUCUUUUCCAAGUCAUAGACUCCUUUGGACAAACGCAACUGUGAAGUUAACUGAUAUAUUAUAAAUAAAUCCAUUUAUAUCAAUACAGAUUUAUAUAUAUAUAUAUUAUGCAGUAUAAAUGUCUGGAUAUUUAAAAUAUCAGUUUCUGCAUUAGGGUAAAUAAGUACCUAAACAGAGGGCUGCUCUCCCUCGGAGAAGAAGUGCAUUUUUGUUCUAGAAAGAGUACAAAACGUGCUCAUUUUUGGAUGAUGUGUUCACCGAGUGAACGUAAUAUGAACAUAUUUUGAUAUCUAGCCAUUAUGUGAGUCUCUUUUAACAUUUUACUGUAUAUAAGUUAUGAACAAAUUGAUAAAUAUUAUUAGAAGAUAUUUGUACUCUAGUGCCAAAUGAAUAACAAUUAUGUGGAAGGCCCAAGAUUAAAGAGAGGAGGAAGAUGUUGAAAAUAAGGACAGUUUAAUUGUGAUAUUAAGAACAAAACGUUCUUUAUUAUGAAACGAUUUAAAUGAUGGAAAUACAUUUCUAACCAUUUAAGUACAAGCACAUAUGUUACAUGCUUCAGUCAAGGUGCAUUCAUCAAUGCAUUUCUUUUAAAUUACUUAUAUGUUUAGUGCAUGUUUCAUAAGGUAGUAAAUCAUUUGUUUGAAUUUAAACAUUUGUCUUAAGUUGAGAUGAUUAAUUGCACAACUUUGAUUUGAUCAAUUUCUUGCCAUUUAGAGUUGAGUUGCAUUUUCACAUUUUUAUAGUUCAAAGUUUCAUACAUUUUAGCAUAUCAUUACUGCACAUAACUGUCCAUAUUCAGAUUUAUAUUUUCUUUGUCUUUUUUUUUGGCGUGGACUUUAAUGCUUGUAAGAAAUUCCUCAUAUUUUAAGACAAUUUUUUUGAUUGAAGUAACAGUUUUCAAAUAUAUUAAGAGCUUAUAAUAUAAGACUGUCUUGGGUUUUAUCUCAUGUAAUUUAAACAGUUUCAUGAUUAGUUUUAAGUAAUUGUUUGUGAAGAGAAAACUAGCCUGAUAAUUUCAUUGUACUUUGAAAAUUUGUCCAUGCCUGUCAUAAAUUCAUUUAUGUUACUUUUUUUUAAUGUUACGUUGAUGUAUUUCAUAUGUGUUUGAAAAUUGAAAAUGUGCUACUGAAAAAAAGCAAUUCGUAAAAAAAAUGCGUAUUUUAUUAUUUAAUGUUUGAAGUUAAUUGAUUUUACUCAAAUAAUUAAAUAUUGAUCUUAAUUGAGAGUUGUACAAAAGUUUAUAGUUAGUAUUUGCAUAUACGUUCAUAAUAUAUUUAUAUAUGAUUAUCAUUUUUAAGUUUUAGAGCAAAAGUGCCUCUAUAACAUUUGAGGAUUAUUGGAACGCUAUAGCUAUGGCUAUUAAGUUCACAUGCACAAGCUGUGAGAGUGAAAAUGGCUGAAUGAAAGAUUUACGAAAUGAAAUUGAACGUUUUUGAAAUAGUUUUCAACUAUGCAAUAAUUCAUGUUGAUUGCUUAAAAGGGGUAAUAAAACAGAUUUAUUAGGUGGAUAAAUUAUCUUAUCAAUCAUUUAAAUUUAAAAACUAAUCGAUUAUUUUUCAUUUUUUGGUGAACAAUAUUAUCUAAUGUAAUUGAAAAAUCAUAAUUUAUUUUAAAAAAAGUAUAAAAAAAUAAUGAUUAAUAUUAAAAAAUAUACAUCUUAAUGUUUAUUAAAUAAUUAACUAAUAUAACAAUAUUUCUUCAAAAUUUCAUUUUAAAAAUAAAUUUAAAAGAUCAAUUUGUCGAUGUGAUUCUGUAAUACAUUUUUUUUCUACCUUAUCUUAUAUUAUCCCUUUCUAGCUUUCAAACAUACGUAAAAGCAGUGUUAUGUAUUUUAUGAAAUCUUAAUUAUUUAAACUAUCUGUACUUCUAUAAAAAUUCAUUUACCUGAAUUACACCUUAUUUAAUUAGUAUAUUAGAAGCAGUGCCUCUUCUUACUAUGUUAACGUUCCUAAUAUUGUGAUAUCACCAUAUAGGGUGCUAAGAGAACUGCUAUCUAUUUAAGUAUGAUAAUUCUUUUAAUAUUUCUGAUCAAAAUCUUGCUUAUUUUUUAGUUUUAUAUUACGUUCUUCAUUCCUAUAAAUAAGACUAAAGUCAUAGUCCUACAUAAAAUCAAAGAUUGUACAUGAAUUUUUUUUUUGGUUCCUGUAGAAAAAUUUUAGUUCAGUUUUAUUUUUCUUUUAUUAUUAUUUAAGUUUUGUCCUCGUUUGAUAAAGAUAGUUUUAUGUAUGAUUUGUAUUUUACUUGUAUUUUGUUCUUAUUUUAAAACAAAGCUUAUUGAAUCUGACCUCUAAAAUUCCAAUUCAUAAUAAAUUUAAAAAAAAUUUAUUUGUUAUGAAGACAGAUACUAAUAUUUGGCAAAGAAAUUACUUUUUAAAAUAUUUGACUUUGAGUUUGGAUUUAAAGAGUAAAUUUGAAUUAUUUAAAAUCGAUUGCUUUUAUCAUAUAUAUAGUAUAUAUAUUUAGAUUUUUUAAAUUUUUCAUAAAUUGUGAGAGUAAUUAAACUAACAAUUAAAUAAAUUUUAUUUAAUUCAAUUUACCAAUAAACUAUAUAUUUACUAAUUUUAAUUGCCUCUUUAAUUAAUUGAAGAUAAAAGAAAACUACUGAAUAAAUAAUUUGAAGUACUUCAACUUUCCAAAUUUAAACUUCUGAACAAUUCAAUUAAUUUAUUUAACACUAAAUUAGGUUGGAUUUGUAUUUGUUCUCUAUUAUCCCCUUUUAAAAAUUAAGAGAAAUAUAUUUUCAUAUUUUAAACAAAUUUUGCCAUGAGUAAGUGAUUAAAAUGCAAAAAUUAUUUUAAAAAGUUUAUUUACUUUGCUAUAAUAUUUAAAUCAAAAAUAUUUUACUUUUAAUUUUUAAAUUAUUAAGCUGAUUCAUAUUUAAGUAUUCAAUAAAAACUAAAAUUCCAUUUCGUUUGUAUGUUAUUUACCUAUUUUUCCAUUUUCAUGUAUUUUUGUAUUGCUAGUAUUGCAUAUUAUAGCACCCAUCAUCAGCUGAUAAAUUUUAGAUUGUGGUUAAUUUUUUUUAAUUAUGUACUCACACGAAAAAAAAAUUUAUUUUUUUUAUAAUCACAUGACACUAGCUGAAAAGACUGCCAUUUAAAAUACAUGCUUUUCUUGCAGAGCAUUUCUUAUGUGUUAUAUUUAAAUCAUUGAAAUUGCAUUUUCGAGUCAUUACUGCAAUAUGUUGGUGUUGUUGCACGUAGAAUUAAUUAUUAAUUCUGAAUAUUUCUUAAACUGUUGAAAAUUUAUAUUCGAAUUAAUUUAUUGAUAAAUCUAAGUUUUAUUGAAAAUUAUAUUCUUAUUCAACAUGUAAAACACAAAUGUGAGGAUUUUUUGAAAAAAGAAUUGUUUCAGAUUGUAUUUUAUCAAAGUUUUUUUUCUCAAAAUUUAGCGUUAAGAAAUAAAUUUUAAUGCGAGACAUGCCAUUAUUAUUUUAUUUUUAAUUGUAAGUCAUUAAUAAAAUCAGUUGUAUAAAAUUUUAUAGUUCGUUCUUUAACAGUCAUAAUUAAAUUUAUAACUAAAAGUUUACUAGAAUUUAUUUUUCUAACAUUUGUUCAGGUAAUUAUUAUAUUUCGUGAGUUACAAGUGAAUAUUUCAAGGCACAUUUCAUAAUAAUAACUUAAGUAAUUAUCAAAUUUUGUAAAUCAUAAAAAAGUGAUAUAUAUGUUAUCUAACAAUUUUGAUAUGAUCAUAAGAUUUUCGGAAAUAAAAUAAGCAAAAUUAUAGGUUUUAAAAAUAAUUAGAUUUCGUAAAAAAAAAUUUUCAUAUUUUUAUACGGUGAUAUUUUCACGUAAGAACUUAAAAAAACUAUAUUUUUUACCCACCAUUGUUCAAAAAUGAAAAUUGCUUUUUUAGAACAUUAAAUUUGAAUUGUAACUUUUCAUUUAUGUCUUCGAAAGCUCAAACUCUCAAUUGUGAUAUAUUGUAGGAGUUAAUGUUCCUUAAUGUGAUGAAAGCUUUCUGGAAGAGAGAUAAAAAAAUAAGACAUUAAGAUUUUCUGAAAUCACUUUCGAUUUUUUGUGAUUACAUUGAAUAUUUUCUUGUAAAAAUUUUCAUAUCUGGCCUUGUUCUGUAUCAUCAUGUAUUUCAUCUGAAUUUUUCACGAAGACUUUAUUUAAUUAUAUCAUGAGCUAAGGCGAUGAUGUGUAAAUUUAGUUGAUAUAGCAGAAUCCGACCACUUUACCACUUACACUGCCUGUGAAACAAAGGGCCAGCCUAAUUUAUAUUGUUAUGUGUUUUUGUGUAUGUUUCCCCAUUAAAAUUUAUUUCUUCCCUUUUUAUAUGAGUAGUAAAAGUGCUCUUACAUCAUUUA